CCAGAAAAAUCAGUUUUCUUCUCUGGAGGGUGAACAUUUAUAGCAUCGAUCUCACGGAUCUGGUAACAUGGCAAAAGAUGCCGGUCUAAUUGAAGCCAACGGGGAACUCAAGGUCUUCAUAGACCAGAACCUUAGUCCUGGAAAAGGCGUGGUGUCCUUGGUAGCUGUCCACCCCUCCACAGUGAACACGCUGGGGAAGCAGCUCUUGCCAAAAACAUUCGGACAGUCCAAUGUCAACAUUGCACAGCAAGUGGUAAUUGGUACGCCUCAGAGACCUGCAGCGCCCAACACUAUCGUGGUAGGAAGCCCACACACCCCUAACACUCACUUUGUCUCACAGAACCAGCCUUCAGACCCCUCACCUUGGUCUGCCGGGAAGCGCCACAGGAAAGGGGAGAAGAACGGGAAGGGCCUGAGGCACUUCUCCAUGAAGGUCUGCGAGAAGGUGCAGAGGAAGGGGACCACGUCCUACAACGAGGUGGCCGAUGAGCUGGUCGCAGAGUUCAGUGCUGCCGACAACCACAUCCUACCAAACGAGUCUGCUUACGACCAGAAGAACAUAAGACGGCGAGUCUAUGAUGCCUUAAACGUGCUGAUGGCCAUGAACAUCAUCUCUAAGGAGAAAAAGGAGAUCAAGUGGAUUGGUCUGCCCACCAACUCGGCUCAGGAAUGUCAGAAUUUAGAGGUGGAGAGGCAGAGGAGGCUGGAAAGGAUCAAGCAGAAACAGUCUCAGCUUCAGGAGCUCAUCCUGCAGCAAAUUGCCUUCAAGAAUCUGGUGCAGAGGAACCGCCAGGCGGAGCAGCAGGCCAGCCGGCCGCCGCCUCCCAACUCCGUCAUCCACCUGCCCUUCAUCAUCGUCAACACCAGCAAGAAGACUGUGAUCGAUUGCAGCAUUUCCAAUGACAAGUUCGAGUAUCUGUUCAACUUUGACAACACAUUUGAGAUCCAUGAUGACAUAGAGGUGCUGAAGCGCAUGGGGAUGGCCUGCGGGCUGGAGUCUGGAAGUUGCUCCGCCGAAGACCUGAAGAUGGCGAGGAGUUUGGUGCCGAAAGCGCUGGAACCCUACGUGACAGAGAUGGCUCAGGGAUCAGUUGGAGGAGUGUUCGUCACGUCAUCGGUUUCGACCUCGAAUGGCACAAGGCUUUCUGCCAGCGACCUGACCAAUGGUGCGGACGGCACGCUGGCCACGAGCUCCAGUGGGUCCCAGUACAGCGGCUCGCGGGUGGAGACCCCUGUGUCCUACGUCGGGGAGGACGAGGAGGAUGACGAUGACUUCAAUGAGAACGAGGAGGAGGACUGACGCCCGCCC